AUGUCUUGUGCCGUACAAGCUGCUUCUGCAUUUAAUGCUCGUACUUUAUCAUCUUUGAAAUCACCACCAAACGUUGUUGUAGUCGGUGGCACAUCAGGCAUUGGUCGUGCAAUUGCCCUUUCAAUAGGUCAACAUUGUCCGUCUGCUUCGAUCACCAUUAUUGGACGAAAUCAAUCUGCUGCUGAUGAAAUAUUAUCGCAAUUAGGUUCAAAAUCAAAGUUCAUUCGUGCUGAUGUAUCUCUCAUGUCUGAAAUUCGAGCUGCUACAAAGAAAAUCGACGCCGUCGAUAUGCUUAUAUUAUCACAAGGUAUCUUGACAUUGGCCGGUCGUACUCCAACAACGGAAAAUAUCGAUAAUAAACUGGCUUUGCAUUACUAUGGACGAGCUCUGUUUGUGAAAGAACUCCUUCCGUUACUUCGAUCAUCUCCGAUUGGUGGCAAAGUACUCUUUAUAUUGGACAGUUUACGAAGCAAUCCAUCGAAAGUUAACUGGAAUGAUAUGUCACUUGAAAAUUCAUAUUCAUUAUCUGCAGCUGCCAAUCAUGCGAUGUCAUUUACUGAUAUCAUUAUACAAUACUACGGUUCACAACCAGAAAAUUCAAACGUAGCAUUUAUACAUGCAUAUCCAAGCGGAGUUAAAACUCCACUAGCCAAUAGUUUACCAUUCUAUGCGCGAUUACCAAUGAAAGCUGCCUUAGCAGCCGGUUUAGGUGUUUCUCCAGAAGAUUGUGCUGAAUAUAUGAUAUAUGGAAUGCUCGGCACAGACAAAGGUUGGAAAUUUAUCGAUAAUAAAGGAGAAGUCGUAACAAAGAAACAUCCGGUACAAGAAGAGAUGCUCCAGAAGGUUGUGGAACACACAUCUCAAAUGACUUCUGCCAAUCAAUAA